AUGAAAUAUGUGGACCGAGCAGGUGGGAGUUCAACACCUGAUGUGCUAUGUGGGCUAGCAGGUGGGGGUUCAACACCUGAUGAGUUAUUUGAGCUAGCAGGUGAUGGUUCAACACCUGAUGAACUAUGUGAGCUAGCAGGUGGAGGUUUAACUCCUGAUGAACUUUGUGGGCUAGCAGGUGGGGGUUCAACACCUGAUGAGCUAUUUGGGCUAGCAGGUGGAGGUUCAACUCUAGAUGAAAUAUGUGGGCUAGCAGGUGGAUGUUCAACUCCUGGUGAAAUAUGUGGAGUUGCAGGUGGAAGUUCAACACCUGAUGAACUAUGUGGACUUGCAGAUGGGGGUUCAACACCUGAUGAGCUAUUUGGGCUAGCAGGUGGAGGUUCAACUCUAGAUGAAAUGGGCUAG